AUGAGAAAGAAUUGGGUUGUGGUGGCUCUGUUCACAGUAUGCAUUGUAGGAUUUGAGCUUAGAUUCAUCCAUGGAGCCACAGAAGCAUCAGACACUUCGGCGUUGAACACAUUGUUCACAAGUAUGCAUUCUCCAGCACAGUUAACGCAAUGGACUGCAUCAGCUGGUGAUCCUUGUGGCCAGAAUUGGAGAGGCGUUACUUGCUCCGGAACACGAGUGACUCAAGUAAAGCUACCAGGUCUUGAGCUCUCUGGAACACUUGGAUACAUGCUUGAUAGAUUGACUUCUCUUACAGAGCUUGAUCUAAGCAGUAAUAACCUUGGAGGUGAUUUACCAUAUCAGCUUCCUCCAAAUCUGCAGCGACUGAAUCUUGCAAAUAACCAAUUCACUGGAGCUGCCAUAUACUCAAUUUCUCAGAUGGCACCACUCAAGUAUCUUAAUCUUGGUCACAAUCAGUUUUCUGGAAAGAUAUCUGUUGACUUCACCAAGCUCACAUCUCUCACAACCUUGGACUUCUCUUUCAAUUCUUUCACAAUGUCUCUACCGGAAACUUUUACCUCUCUUACAAGUUUAAAAUCACUAUACCUUCAGAACAAUCAAUUCUCAGGCACAAUCGAUGUCUUAGCUGGUCUUCCUCUCGAGACUCUGAACAUUGCAAACAACGAUUUCACUGGCUGGAUCCCUAGUUCUUUAAAGGGCAUUAAUCUGCUAAAAGAUGGUAACUCGUUCAGUACUGGACCUGCACCUCCACCACCACCUGGAACACCUCCAAUCCAUGCCUCACCGAGCCAUAAAUCCGAGCCUCACCGGUCUAGUGGCGAUUCCACCAGCAAUAGAGAUUCCAAGAAAUCAGGAAUUGGAGCUGGUGCUAUAGUUGGCAUAAUCAUUUCAUUAGUACUCGUUACAGCUCUUGUGGCUUUCUUCUUGGUCAAAAGAAAAAGAUCAAAGAGAUCAUCAUCCACGGACAUUGAGAAAACCGAUAACCAGCCUUUCACUCUUGCUCCAACCGACUUCCAUGAAAACAACUCUAUUCAGAGUUCUUCAUCAGUUGAGACGAAGAAACUGGAUACUUCCUUGUCUAUUAAUCUCCGGCCUCCACCAGCUGAUAGACACAAAUCGUUUGAUGAUGAAGAUUCCACAAGAAAGCCUGUUGUUGCCAAGAAAUCCACUGUGGUGGUUCCUUCGAAUGUGAGGGUUUAUUCGGUUGCAGAUCUUCAAAUAGCGACUGGAAGUUUCAGCGUAGAUAAUCUUCUUGGAGAAGGGACUUUUGGACGAGUGUACAGAGCUGAGUUUCACGAUGGAAAGGUUCUUGCUGUGAAGAAAAUAGAUUCGUCUGCUCUUCCGCAUGGCAUGACCGAUGAUUUCACUGAGAUAGUCUCGAAAAUCGCCAGCUUGGAUCAUCCAAAUGUGACAAAGCUUGUUGGUUACUGUUCUGAGCAUGGACAACAUCUCGUGGUCUAUGAGUUCCACAAAAACGGAUCAUUACAUGACUUCUUACACUUAUCAGAAGAGGAAAGCAAAGCGUUGGUGUGGAAUUCACGUGUCAAGAUCGCUCUUGGGACUGCACGCGCAUUAGAGUACCUUCAUGAAGUUUGUUCACCAUCCAUAGUUGACAAGAACAUCAAAUCAGCCAAUAUCUUACUCGACUCAGAGAUGAAUCCUCACUUGUCAGAUUCAGGUCUCGCAAGCUUCCUUCCCACAGCGACUGAGUUACUAAACCAAACUGAUGAAGGAUACAGCGCGCCUGAAGUAUCAAUGUCAGGCCAAUAUUCUUUGAAGAGUGACGUUUACAGCUUUGGAGUUGUGAUGCUUGAGCUUUUAACCGGGAGAAAACCAUUCGACAGCACAAGGUCAAGAUCUGAGCAGUCAUUGGUUAGAUGGGCAACACCACAGCUUCAUGACAUUGAUGCUUUAGGCAAAAUGGUUGAUCCAGCUCUUAAAGGACUUUAUCCGGUUAAAUCUCUCUCUCGGUUUGCAGAUGUUAUUGCUCUCUGCGUCCAGCCGGAGCCAGAGUUUAGACCACCAAUGUCUGAAGUUGUGCAGGCACUGGUUGUGUUAGUGCAGAGAGCUAACAUGAGCAAGAGGACUGUGGGACUUGAUCCAUCACAACGUUCUGGUAGUGCCGACACAACCAGUGAUUACAUGUAA